GAGCUAUGAAAACAGAACACAAAGGUACAUGGAGUUCGGUAUUCUUGAGCAACGUUUUGGGACCAUGGCUGUGGGGAUAAGAGUCACGAAGGAGGAGAAAAUAUUGCUGUAUCCAGCCUUCAUCUAUUGCACAUAUGGAGCCUCUCAUGGAUCAACACAACUUCUCAAGCCUGACUGAGUUUGUGCUCCUCGGUUUCCCAAAUGUGGAGCACAUUGGGGGCUGUCUUUUUGUCUUGCUGCUGUUGGCAUACCUGUUCACUAUUGGUGGCAAUACGCUCAUCUUCCUAGUCAUCCGCCUGGAUGCAGCCCUCCACAAACCCAUGUAUCACUUUGUCAGUGUUCUCUCUUUCUUGGAAUUAUGGUAUACAGCCACCACCAUCCCUAAAAUGCUAGCUAAUCUUCUCAGUGAGAAGAAGGCUAUUUCUUUUACAGGAUGCCUCCUCCAGACCUACUUUUUCCAUUCCCUUGGGGCUUCUGAAUGCUAUCUUCUUACAGCCAUGGCCUAUGACCGAUACCUGGCCAUCUGCCGACCCCUCCACUACCCUUCAAUUAUGACUACAGCACUCUGUGUGAAGAUGGCUGCUGGCUGCUGGACUUGUGGUUUCCUGUGUCCUAUUUCUGAGGUCAUCCUUGUCUCUCAGCUCCCUUUCUGUAACUACAAUGAAAUCCCACACAUUUUCUGUGAUUUUCCACCUCUUUUGAGCCUGGCCUGCAAAGACACAUCUACUAAUGUACUAGUGGACUUUGCCGUCAAUGCCUUCAUCAUCCUUGUCACUUUCCUUUUUAUCAUGGCCUCUUACGGGAGAAUCAUUGGUGCUGUGCUGAAGAUAAAAACAGCAGCAGGAAGAAGAAAGGCCUUCUCCACAUGUGCCUCACACCUCAUUGUGGUGCUCAUCUUUUUUGGCAGCAUCAUCUUCAUGUACGUUCGGCUAAAGAAGAGCUACUCAUUGACUCUUGACCGCACUUUAGCUGUAGUCUACUCUGUGUUAACACCUCUGGCUAAUCCCAUUAUCUAUAGUCUUCGAAACAAGGAACUCAUUCAGGCCAUCAAGAGGACCUUCUUCAAGAAGGUGGAGAAAGCUAGUCCAACUCAUCAUUGACUUUGUACAAAGGUGCUCUCUGGCCUGAAUGUUCGCCUCUUGAAUGUUCUAUGUAUAUUUGAACUGGCCUCAAUCAAUAUCGCUCCCUUAUUACUCAAGUUCUGGGUUUCAUAUCCUUUCUCUUGAGCAAAAAACUUAUUUGUUUGCUCAUCCAGUGUUCUCAGAAUUAAGAAAAUUCAGUAUCUUAAUUCAUAUUCUUUUUGUAUUUUACAUUUUUAUUUUUUUUAUUUUUUUUAAAUUUAUUUAAUACUUAAUAAUAAUUCUUUGGUUUCCGGGCAAACAUCCCCCUCCCUCCUCCCCUUCCUUAUGGGUGUUCCCCUCCUAACCCUCCCCCCAUUGCCGCCCUCCCCCCAACAGUCUAGUUCACUGGGGAUUCAGUCUUAGCAGGACCCAGAGCUUCCCCUUCCACUGGUGCUCUUACUAGGAUAUUCAUUGCUACCUAUGAGGUCAGAGUCCAGGGUCAGUCCAUGUAUAGUCUUUAGGUAGUGGCUUAGUCCCUGGAAGCUCUGGUUGCUGGGCAUUGUUGUACAUAUGGGGUCUCGAGCCCCUUCAAGCUCUUCCAGUUCUUUCUCUGAUUCCUUCAACGGGGGUCCUAUUCUCAGUUCAGUGGUUUGCUGCUGGCAUUCGCCUCUGUAUUUGCUGUAUUCUGGCUGUGUCUCUCAGGAGCGAUCUACAUCCGGCUCCUGUCGGUCUGCACUUCUUUGCUUCAUCCAUCUUGUCUAAUUGGGUGGCUGUAUAUGUAUGGGCCACAUGUGGGGCAGGCUCUGAAGGGGUGUUCCUUCAGUCUCUGUUUUAAUCUUUGCCUCUCUCUUCCCUGCCAAGAGUAUUCUUGUUCCCCUUUUAGAGAAGGAGUGAAGCAUUCACAUUUUGAUCAUCCGUCUUGCGUUUCAUUUGUUCUAGGCAUCUAGGGUAAUUCAAGCAUUUGGGCUAAUAGCCACUUAUCAGUGAGUGCAUACCAUGUAUGUCUUUCUGUGAUUGGGUUAGCUCACUCAGGAUGAUAUUUUCCAGUUUCAACCAUUUGCCUACGAAUUUCAUAAAGCCGUUGUUUUUGAUAGCUGAGUAAUAUUCCAUUGUGUCGAUGUACCACAUUUUCUGUAUCCAUUCCUCUGUUGAAGGGGAUCUGGGUUCUUUCCAGCUUCUGGCUAUUAUAAAUAAGGCUGCGAAGAACAUAGUGGAGCACGUGUCUUUUUUAUAUGUUGGGGCAUCUUUUGGGUAUAUGCCCAAGAGAGGUAUAGCUGGAUCCUCAGGCAGUUCAAUGUCCAAUUUUCUGAGGAACCUCCAGACUGAUUUCCAGAAUGGUUGUACCAGUCUGCAAUCCCACCAACAAUGGAGGAGUGUUCCUCUUUCUCCGCAUCCUCGCCAGCAUCUGCUGUCACCUGAGUUUUUGAUCUUAGCCAUUCUCACUGGUGUGAGGUGAAAUCUCAGGGUUGUUUUGAUUUGCAUUUCCCUUAUGACUAAAGAUGUUGAACAUUUCUUUAGGUGUUUCUCAGCCAUUCGGCAUUCCUCAGCUGUGAAUUCUUUGUUUAGCUCUGAACCCCAUUUUUAAUAGGGUUAUUUGUCUCCCUGCGGUCUAACUUCUUGAGUUCUUUGUAUAUUUUGGAUAUAAGGCCUCUAUCUGUUGUAGGAUUGGUAAAGAUCUUUUCCCAAUCUGUUGGUUGCCGAUUUGUCCUAACCACAGUGUCCUUUGCCUUACAGAAGCUUUGCAGUUUUAUGAGAUCCCAUUUGUCGAUUCUUGAUUUUAGAGCAUAAGCCAUUGGUGUUUUGUUCAGGAAAUUUUUUCCAGUGCCCAUGUGUUCCAGAUGCUUCCCUAGUUUUUCUUCUAUUAGUUUGAGUGUAUCAGGUUUGAUGUGGAGGUCCUUGAUCCACUUGUACUUAAGCUUUGUACAUUAAUUCAUAUUUUUACACAUGUAAACUCUCUUCUUACACAUUUCUGACAUUUUUUCUCCUUUUCCAACUAAAUGGCCUAAUGCUUAUCUCUUCUUCCCUUUUGUUCACUUUCAAGCCAUCCCAUGUGGAUUUAUUCCAGACCUUCCAAGAAACAUUUUGCCAAAUAUAUUACUGAUGCAAAUCCAUCAGACCUGUCUCGUCCUCCAUUCUGUACAUCUUAACACACAUGAUUAUUUUACUUCUUAAAAAUGUUUGUCUCAACUUUGAUGAUAAUAUUCUAACUUCCUUAUUUCUUUAAUAAGCCCUUUUUAGUAUAUUUUAUUUUAUAUAAUGGUGUCUCUAUAAUCUCAUUCAUUCUUACAGUGUCAAAUGUUUCUUAGCAAUGCUAAGAUAAUUUAAAAUUUAGAUGCCUAUGUCUGAUAUCUCUUUUGAGUUCUAGACUUUGUAAGAGAUGACUCAUUUCCUUGUCUAGAUAUCUUCCCAGGAAAUUAAAUCUUGACAUUCGAAAAAUAAAAUGUUUACAAUCUCAACCUUAGAUACUUGAUGCCUUUACAUGUCUGUGUUAGUAAUAUAAAAUUUAAGUUAUCAUAUUUACUUAAUUUUCCUCUACCCUAUGUCUAGUACAUGAUUAAUUCAAUUCCUCAAGAUACAUUUUAAAAUCUGUUUCUUAUUAUCUUUAGUAUUGCUAUCUGGUGUAAAUUCCAACCUUUCUCAACUGAAAUGCAUUAUAUGUUUCCAUAUAAGAUCUGAUAUUUUAAGGGAUGGAGAGAUGGAUCAGUGCUGGGAAGUUAGCCCCAGACUUGGCAGGACUGUGUCUUCUCUGAACCAGCUGAUGGAAAGAACAUCUGUAGGGCAGGGGGUUUGGAGGGUGGAUGUGGUCUUGGGAAAUUUCAGGUUGCUUUCUAGAAUAAUGUCUACUUAUUAAGUUAGAAUUGCUAAGUUACUCUGGAGCCAGAAGUUGCAGGCCUCUGGGUGAAUUAACAUUUGUCUUUAAACAGGAGAGGAUUAAGUAAAGAAUUAAUUGCUAGUGCUCCUUUCUCUUUUAACCCAGAAGCCCUCCUCCCCUUGCUUGUCAGGCCAAGAGGAGGUUUGGAGCAAUAAACUUUAUUGAACCUGGAAAAGAGGCAUGGUCACAGAAAGAAAAACUUUUACACAAGCAAAUAUGCAUACAUUCAUAUACAUUCAUAUAUACAUCCAUGCACAUACUCACACACCUUCACGUACUUCUGUUGGGCCCACUAUUUAUCUAUUUCAUAUUUACAUAUUCCCUACAUAUACACAUACUUACAUAUAUAUAUAUCAAAAGAACAAGCAUCAGUGUAGAAAGAACUCCAGAUGAAAAAGGAGCUCCAAUCUUUAUUGCAUAGAGAAAGAAAAAGCUUCUACACUUUUCUUGCUAAAUGAAUUAAAUCUUAGUCUGAAAGUUAAAAGCUUUGUCCUUGUUAGUAAGACUAAGUCUGCCUUGUUGUUAAGAAAAGACCUGUUCUGUCCCAUGGUAAGGAGAAGCAUGCAUACUCUUUCUACUACCUCUGCAGCUUUUUCUUUGUCCCUCUUUCUCUCUGCAUUCUGUGUAUUGCUUUCUCCUUCUACCCUUGUCCAAAUGUGCUCCUUACAAGUUAUUUUGUACUUUUACUAGAAGAAUGGAUCACUUGGUUUUCCCAAGCAUCCUUUUUUUUUACAGAAGUUCAUGGAAAAUGAAAUUUGCAACAAAGAUGUUUGAAUGUGUUUCUGUUAAGAGUAGUUAUCUAACUAGACAUUUAUUUUCUUUCCCUAGUUCUACAUGUUCCUCAAAAGUUAAAAACCAUAAUUCUUGUGACUAAGUUAGCAUUGAAGCUUUGUAUAAAUAAACCCAAUAAAUAUUUUAUCAUCUGGCCUUGCACCUACAAUAAAUUGUUAGUUCCUUUUUAUGGCCUAUGGUUAAUUGUCAUAGUUUUAAGGAAUAUGUUCCCAAGUUAUAAACCCAUGCUUUCUAUCUCAGAAGCAAGUAGUUUGGUGGUGCAUGAAGACUGGCAGAGUUCUAAUUGCAGGUUCCAUAUCAGAGCAGGCUUUACCAUAAAGGGGCUUGAUAAUUACCUGAAAACUUUUGGAUUUCUCAUAAAAUUGUCCUUCCGAAUUAAGAAAUCAUUGAUUUAUCUAUAUAGCAUCACUACAAGACAGUGCAUCUUUGUUGAUAGGCAGAAAUCUUCCCAAUAUGACGGGCUAAUGCCCAGGGGCUAUAAUAUUAAUUCUAUAAGGACAGAAAUGUAUGUCAGCUGCAGAAAAAUUUGCUGAGAUUUUGUCCUUUGGGAUUUGGUUCUCAAAGGCUCUUCCAUUGUAGCUCCAUGGUAAAACAUCUCUAGAAGAUUACCUGCUAGCUUUUAGCCUUUGCUAGAGGCUCCUGACAGCUCAGCAAUUAAAACCAUUGGCUAUUUUUCCAGAAGGCCUGGGAUUAUUCCUAAAAGCCACAUAAUUCACAACCUUCUGUAACUCCAGUCACAGGAGACUCAGUCCCCCUCUCCUAGCCUCCACUGGCACUAAGCAUGCCCAUAGUCCACAGAUAUCCAUGCAGACAAAACACUCAUACACAUAAUACGAUAAAAGUAUAUCUUUAAAAGAAUCUAAUAUUUUAAAUCUAAACUAAAUACGCCGUUCCAAAAUCCAAGAAAAGCAAUUGCUUAUGAGAUGAAACCAAAAGCCUUCUUAUCACACAUUUUAAAGCUAGAUGAAAUGUUUCUUUGCAGUUCUCUCUAAUAAUACCUGUUCUUCAUCUUUUAUUUUUCCCAUAGGGGGCCCGGGUGUGUUUCCUUAGGGAUAUUCUACUUCCUUCUUAUAAAUUAAGCUCAUUUUGGCUUUUAGAAUCUUUGUACUUCCCUAACGCUUCAUGCAAUUCAUUUGUCCUUAUUUUUUGGUUCAAAUAUCAAUUUCAGGGAAAGCUUGAUUGUUUAGCACACAUAGGCAAUUACGGUACACACUUCCUGGCUUCGAUUCAAUACCUUCAACCGUGGUGGAAGGAAAGAACUGACUCUCUAAGUUGUCCUCUGACCUCCACAGGUAUUCUAUGGCAUGCAUGCACAUCUACUCACAUACAAACCAAUCCACCCAUUGAUUUCACUUCAAAUGACAGCACUUUAGAUACCCUUUCCGAAUACUCAACGUAUUUCCCCCCUUUUAUCUUUUUGUUAGAUCUUUGUAAAAAAUUAUAUAAUAUAUUUUGAUCAAAUUCACUCCUCCCAUUUCCUCUCAGAUCCAUCCCCUCUCCCUACUUUGUAUCCUCUCUGGUUUUUUUUCUUUUAAUACCCAUCAAGCUUAUAUAUUCCUGAAUGGGUAGCUUUCUACUGAAGUACAGUUGACUUAUCAAGGCUUACACUGUUGCAGAAAACUGAUGCUCCCUCUCCCAGUAGCUAUCAAUUGCUAAAACCCUUUAAUAUUUUUGUACUUAAUGCCCACCACAGCCCCUCCGUGCAGGAAAGUGGUCUGAGUUGAACUUAUGUGUUUUAUGUACAUGCUGUUACAAUGGCAUUGAGUUAAUGUGUGUGGCUGCCCUGUACAAAAUUAUAUUUUUUCUUUCCUUAAAAAUAUGUAAAAAUACUUGCUUCCAUGUAAGUAGAGAGUUAAUCAUUUUUUCUACAGUGAAGAUUUAUGUCCUUCAGUCUAUUUUUAUAGUGUAUUACUUUCAUAGAUUUGCAUAUGCAGAACCAACUUUGCAACUUUGGGAUGAAAUAAACAUGGCGAUGAUCACACUUUUCUUAAUGCCUUUUUUCCAUUUGUUAUGGAAGUGUUUUGUUAAUGUUUGUAUCUAUGUGUGCCCAGUAGUUUCUUUUUACUUUUACUUCAUUUUGUCCUUAUCUAGCUUUGAUAUUAAAAUAAUAUAGACUUUUAGAAUGCUUGGGAAAGCCCCUCCCUUUUGUACUAUGUGGGAUCAUUUUUGAAGUAUUGGUGUUAUAUUUUAAAGGCUUAGUAGAAUUGGACAGUGUGUUCAGUUAUAAUGUUUAUAGAGGAACUUUAAUUUCUGCUUUAAUCAUGUUUCUCAUUAUGGGUCUACAUGAGUUGCUAAUGAUGUCUUGAUUUAGUUUUGGUAAGCCAUAUAUGCUUAGAAUUUAUCAGUUUCUCCUAGGUUAUUACAAUUUCAUUCAUUUGUUUUGGUGCAUGUGUAUGUGUGUGCGUGUGUGCAUGCAUGUGUGUGUGUGUGUGUGUGUGUGUGUGUGUGUGUGCCAUGACAAAUACAUACAGGCCAGAGCAUAACAUUUGGGGGUUGAUUCUUUUAUUGCACCACAUGGAUUCUUGUGAACAAACUCAGUGUGUCCAGCUAUACAGUAAGGGCCUUUACCUGCAGAGAGAUCUUGUCAUCCUUCUUUGUGUGUUUGGUACCUUGGCCAUGGAGAAAUUCUUCUCUGACCAUGUCUGUUUAGGACUCUAAAUGUAUUCAGUUAGCCAUUUGGUUCUCUAGAUUUUGCAACAUUUUGGGCUUCUACAUCAUCAAAUAUGUUGUCUAUAACUACUGAUGAUUUUUUGUUAACAAUGAAACUUUUUAUUAAUACCAUAGUGGAAUAGGAAAUUUGUAUUAUCUAUUUUACUUAAAACAACAAAAUACAAAAGAAAACAUUCUUUUAUAAAUGAAGUACUUCUUUUAUUUAAUUUCAUUCCUUUGCUCUUAAUUAUUCAUUCAUUAUCAUUCUACUGAAUUAUUUAUCUUUUCUUUUCUUAUGUUAUAUGUAUGGAUGUUUUGCCUGCAUGCAGGUCUGCAUACCACUUGCAUGCUGAUGUACUAUGCGGCCAGAACAGAGUGUCAGCUUCUCUUUAACUGUAAUCAUAGAUGGUGUUGUGCCACUUUGUGAGUGUUGUAAUCAUACUGGUGUCUUCUGCAAGAACAUCAGGUGAUAUUAACCAAUGAGCAAUCUCAUAAUAUUCAUUUUCAUCUUUCCAUUAUUCAGUUGCAAAUAUAUUUUUUAUAUAAUCAAGAUACAAUUUGUAUAGCAGGUAGAUAAUUGUAAACCAUUUGACCUUCUGGAGAAUGUGUUCUUUGAAGCAUUCAAAGAUUUCUGAUUUUGAUGAAGGCUUUUUAUUACAUAAGUGUCAUAUUUUAAGUAAAGUAUAUUUGCUACCAAUUUCUUUCACGACAUAAUUUCUGUUUUAAUUCUUUCAUUCAUCUUUGAAAUAAAUAUUUUUGACAUAAAAAAGCAAUUAGGCUUUAUUCUCAAAUGUAGAAUUGAGUUGCUACUUUAACUGGAAUUUUCUACUGUACACAUAUACUGUUGUACUUUAGCGUCUCAAAAGUGCACUUUCAUAUUGUAUAGUGUAUGCUAGUAAGGGAAGUAAGAAAUCAACAAAUGAUUAGACAAUGAAAAUACAAUUAGGCCUGCUGUCAAGGACCUACAUUUAGACUCUAUCUCAACCACAAAGAUUAAGAUACUUUGAGUCAUUGGUUUUCAGGUCCUCUUUGAAAAAAAUUAAAUAUUAAGUACAGAGUACAAAUUCACACACACACACACCCACUCCCCCCACACACAUGUGUGCACAUGGGUGUGCAUGCGUGUGUGUGUGUGUGUGUGUGUGUGUGUGUGUGUGUGUGUAAAAUGGUUUUCUUGAGUCUAGUUUGUUCAAACAGAAAAUCUUUGCCAGGAAAUUUCAUGCUUUUAAAUAACUAUUAAUAGAAGUACAAAUAUAGUGUCAAGUAAAUGGAAGAUAUGGAUAUGAUCAGUUAAGGACAUUUUGGUAGUAGAAAAUAAGUGAUUGUAAGGAGUAGGUGGAUGUCUUAAUUGAAAUAUGAGAGACAUGGUGAGAGCAGGACGAGUGAUUAAGAGUGCUUGUUAUACAUCUAUGAGAACCUGAGUUUGGAUCCCAGCAUCCCACUGAUUCCCAGUUCCAAGGGAGUUUGAUACCCUCUUCUAGUAUCCUGGCAUACAUACCUGAACACUAUUUAGUUCAGACACACACACACACACACACACACACACACACACAUCAUAGAUAAAUAAAUAAAUCUUAAGAAAUGGUAAAAGUUACUUAGCUAAUAGUUGGCUUAUAGAGAAUUUAAAAAUCUGAAUAAAGUAGAUUACUAAUUAAAAUUGAUUUCAUAAUAAUCAAAAUAUAAUCCAAUACCUUGAUUCAAAAAUCUCCCUCCAAGAGCCAAAGACUACCUAACAAAAACCCCAAUUUCAGACGUGAGGAAACUACUUUUGAAUUACUGUCCAGGGUUGCCAACAGACUCCGAAAAUAGAUAGCCUAAUUCUGUUGUUCUAGGUUGCCCUGAGAGGUAGAAGUUAAGUUUCUCUUGCUGAAGACAUCAUGUUCUCCAAACACUGGGCUCAAAGUCUUCUGAGCUAGAAUGAAUCUGAAUCCCUAACCACUUAGGACUAAUUUCCACGACACCAGAAAACACAAUCCUUCCAAAGGAUGAAAAACCCAAAGGUCCCACCCAGCUAUAAUACCUAUGAACCACAUAAAAGACCGGUAUGGACUAGUAAUCCUAACAGUGCAGUAGUGGGCCAGAUGUCAUGGUGGUAACCAAUUGGUCUGUAAUUGAACUCAAGACCUGAUCAACAAAAGAAAAACCAUACUUGGUACUGGAAACAGAACUAAGUAUUCGGAGUUAAUAAAGUCAUGGUAAUUGGAAGAAAUCUACCACCCUGACUUUAGUAAACCAGCAUAUCUACUAAUAACAAUCUAUCUUUAGAUACAUUUGUUUUAGAUACACCUGCAAAAUGUUCACACACCUAAGACACAGGAAAUAUGGAAGAGUAGACAAAGGGCAUUGUAAAAGCCAGAGGAUCAGGUCCUUUUCUGUGAGAUUGUGUUUCCUCAUGAUAUCAGAAGGUAUAACCAUAAAGAGCUAUGACCAAUACAGUUGCUCUAACAUAAGCUGAAAAAGCUUGACACCAAUAGACAUGCCUAAGCAGACUGAGAAAAGCCCAUGAGGCCUAUACCUUACACAAAGAACUAUCAGCAACUAAGGAAAGAUGACAGUGAGAUUUGGUCUUCCCCAGGGAAAAGCACACCUAUUGGCAGUACAGUGCCAACAGUUAGACCAGAAAUCAUACAUACAAGUAACAUUAUAUAUAUUGAGCAGUUUAUAUUAUGAAUAGACACAUGUGCAUACAUGAAUACACACAUAAUAAAUGCAAUAAGUGGGCAUGGCUUUGAAAUAUAAUGGGGAGACUGGGAAAGGAGAAUUGUCAUGAUCAAAUAAAAAUUCCAAACAUUUAAAUCAAAGUAAAAAGUAUGUAUCACCAGUUUUAACAUAUACCUAGGACAAGCAAAAGGUAAGAAACCAUUUUAAGUAAAUGUGAGAAUGUCUUCAAGUAAGAGGUUUGGAGAUGUAGAAAAAGAAGGUUUAUAUUAAGAACUUUGAAAAUGCAUCUUGGCCAUUCGAGAUUCCUUAGUGGAGAAUUCUUUAUUUGACACUGUAACCCAUUUUUUAAUUGGGUAAUUUGGUUCUCUGGAGUCUACCUUCUUGUGUUCUUUGUAUAUAUUGGAUAUUAGCCCUCUAUCAGAUUUACGGUUGGUAAAGAUCUAUUCCCAAUCUAUAGGUUGCCAUUUUGUCCUAUUGACAGUGUCCUUUGCCUUACAAUUUUCAAUUUUAUGACGUCUCAUUUGUCAAUUGUUGUUCUUAGAGCCUGAGCCAUGGGUAUUCUGUUCAGGAAAUUUCCUUCUGUGCCAAUGUGUUCCAGGUUCUUUCCCACUUUCUCUUCUAUUAGAUUCAGCAUAUCUGGUUUUAUAUGGAGGUCCACAUGAUCCACCUUGACUUCAGGUUUGCACAGGAGAUAAGAAUGGAUCAAUUUGCAUUCUUCUACAUGCCAACCGCUCCUUGAACCAGCACCAUUUGUUGAAAAUGCUGUCUUUUUUUUCCACUGGAUGGUUUUAGUUUCUUUGUCAAAGAUCAAGUGACCACAGGCAUGUGGAUCCAUUUCUGGGUCUUUAAUUCCAUUCCACUGAUCUACCUGCCUGUCUCCGAGGAAUAUUUAAUGGCCAAGAAGCAUCUAAAGAAAUGUUCAACAUCCUAAGACAUUAGAGAAAUGCACAUCAAAGCAACCCUCAGAUUCCACCUCACACCAGUCAGAAUGGCUAUGAUCAAAACCUCAGGUGACAUCAGAUGAUGGCCAGGAUGUGGAGAAAGGGGAACAACUCAUAGACCACGUGAAGCUCAAAAAGGAAGACCAACGUAAGGAUGUUCCAGGCCUACUUAGAAGGUGGAAAAGUAGUCAUAGGAGGGAGGGACCCAUGAUGGAGAAAGGAGGGGGAGGAAAAAAGGGGGAAGAGUUUCAGGUGUGGGAGGAGACAGGGAGAAGUACAGAGAGGGUCAAGAAAUUAAAUGGAGAUGUGUAGCAGUGGGGAUGGGAAACAUGGGAUAGCCACUAGAAAUUACCAGAUGACAGGAAAGCAAGAGGUUUCUAGUACUUGAUUGAGAUGACUUUAGCCAAAAAACCCAAUAAAGGAGAGGUAGAGUCAUAUCUGGUGGAUAGGCAUGACCCCUGGUGGUGAGAUGUGGCUAACCAUCCAUUUCAAAAAAAAAUUUUUUUUUUUUAUUAACUUGAGUAUUUCUUAUAUACAUUUCAAGUGUUAUUCCCUUUCCCGGUUUCCGGGCAAAUAUCCCCCUCCCCCCUCCCCUUCCUUAUGGGUGUUCCCCUCCCAACCC